AUGUCAUCUCUGAGAGUAGCAUUGUCAAAGUAUUUGUUUCAAUCAAAAUUGAAACUCAAACUCUCAAAGGCUGCUUCGUAUGUAUCCCAUGUCCAUCGUAACAAGUGUUGUUAUUAUUCCACUAAUAAUUUCACACAAAAUUCCAACUACCAACAUGAUCAAGGUUCUCCUCCACUCGGAUCAUCAUCCACUUCUGCCAACAAUCAAACUGCUGGUUGGUAUAGUUCCUUCUCCAUGGAUCUCGAAAAUCCCAAUUUGAAUGAUCCAACCGGAUUUGGAGAUUUAGCCAUGGCCUUUUCACUGUUGCAUGGAGUGUCGAGAGAACAAUCCAUAUCGAAAGGAUUGGAAUUUUUACACAAAGCCUGUUCGAAAGGAAAUUUAUCGGCUCAAACCACUCUUGCAGAAUUGUAUUUGAAUGAUUACGGUUUUGGAAUCACGACAGAUGUGGAAAAAUCGAGACAAUUAAUGUUGAAAAUUGUGAAUGAAAAUCAAGAAAAGUAUCAACUUGCAGAACAUCGACAAUUGGAUGAUCAGAAUUAUCUUGCUUUUGUGAGCUGUAUUUAUAAUAUUGGAGCCAUCUAUUUGACUCGUGAAAAAGAUUUUGUGAAAGCGAUGCAGUGGUUCUUGAAAGCUGCUGAUCAUCAUCACGCUCUUGCAGAGUCAAAUCUUGGAGGAAUGUAUUAUAAUGGAUUUGGUGUUGAAAAAGAUGAUGAAAAAGCGUUGGCAUGGUACCAACGAGCGGCUUCAAGAGGUUAUCCCAGUGCUCAGUAUUAUGUUGGAACCAUGAUAUUGAAAAAGAUUACAUCCUCACAACCACACAGAACUAUGACCAUGUCACAGAAAGUAGAUGCUCUUGUAAAAGAAGCCAUUCAAAAUCUUGAAAAUGCUGCUAUGCAAGGAUUGGAAGAAGCUCAAUUCUAUCUUGCUGAUCUUUAUCUGAAAGGAAAAUUUGUGAAACAAGAUGUGAAACGAGCAGUCGCCAUGUACACUCAAUUAGCAGAAGCUGGUCAUCCUUCGUCACAGGCAAAUUUAGGAGCCAUGUAUAUGCAUGGUGUUGAAAAUGUGCUUCCAAAAGAUCGAGAAGUUGGUGCACAAUGGCUCAUGAAAGCUGGUUCUUCAGGAGAUUCUCAUUCUCAACACAAUUUAGGUGUCUAUUAUUAUGAAUGCAAAGAAUAUGAAAAAGCCAUGGAAUGGUACAUGAAGGCAGCUAACCAAGGCUUCUUCCAUGCCGAACGCUGUGUUGGUUUGUUGUAUUUGAAAGGAGAAGGAACGACACAAGAUUUUAAGAAAGCCAUGGAGUUUCUUUCCAAAGCAGCUUUGAAAGGAGACCCCUUUUCCAUGAAAACUAUUUCUAAAAUGUUUCGAGAUGGAUUGGGAGUGCCAAAAGAUGAAAAGAAGGCCGAUCAAUGGAUGCAAACGGCCAUGAAAUUUGAAAAGAAUCAGCAAUAA